AUGGUGCAGAAGCGCUGCGGGGCUGGGUGUGCUGCUCGGGUGUCCUGCCUUCGAAGCAUUCCUCCGCUUCCCUUCUGCUCCGACUGCAUGGAGUGUCCCUCCCGCUCCUCUCUGCCGUGCCAAGCCAGUGUGCAGUCACCUUUGCGAGCCAUUGAUGGAUUUCUAAAAACCGAUGAAAGACAAAGACUGGCAAAAGAGAGAAGAGAAGAAAGGGACAAAUACCUUGCUGCUAGGGAACAGCAGAUACUGGAGAAGGAAAGAAGAGCAAAACUGCAAUAUGAAAAGCAAAUGGAGGAGCGAUGGAGAAGACUGGAGGAACAGAGGCAGAGAGAGGAGCAGAAGAGAGCAGCUGUUGAAGAAAAAAGGAGACAAAAGCUUAAAGAGGAGGAGGAACGUUUAGAAGCCAUGAUGCGUCGGUCCCUUGAACGCAGCCAGCAGCUGGAACAGAAGCAGAAGCGAUGGUCGUGGGGAGGAGCACUGGCUGCAGGCUCAGGAGGGAGAGAUGGUGAAUCAGAAAAUACCCCACCCCCUGUUCUAGGUUUAGCUGCCAACACCCUUCCUCCAGACCCUGUGACCUCUACUGCUCCUGCUGAUUCCUUCAAUGCAUGUGACAAACUUUCAGCUUCUACAAUGAAUCUGCCAAAGCAAAUGGAAUCGCCAAUCAGUAAGCGCCUCUCCUCCUCCACAGCGGCAAUAACACAUUCCCCCGACAGAGCACCAGCUAGUCCUCUUAAAUCUCCCUACAAGCCUUCCCCCACCCGAAGCACCGACAGAAAGAAGGCAACUUCACCCUCCACUUUCGAUGCCAUGAAAGGAGCGGCUGCAGCUGAAGUUACUCAGACUGAGAAGAUAAAGAAAGAGAAGCGACCCACAACACCUAGUUCAUCAUCUGGUAUGGGAUCUCCUCUAAGAAGGUCUGAUUCUCCUGCUGCCAUGUCCAGAAGAUCUGCAUCACCUGCGACACCUAAGACAGUUGCAAAGACUUAUCCUCAGUCUCCUAAAAACACCAAACAAUAUCCAGCUUCUCCUGUGAAGCAUCGAGCCACUUCUAAUGUCAACCAGGAAACUCCAAAAAAGAAAGCAGACAAGGAGAAAGAGAAUGUCAGUCAUCAGAAAUGCUCAGGAGCACGCACUGAUGAGGCAGGCCAGGUGGCUUCUGAGAAACACAUGCCUUCUGCAGCAAAGACUGAAAAUAGUGAAGGGAAGAUCAUAGCAGGAACAACUGAUGCAGAAGAAGCUUCAAAAAUUCUAGCUGAAAAAAGACGACAGGCCCGCCUGCAAAAAGAACAAGAAGAAAGGGAGAGACAGGAAAGAGAAGAACGGGAGAGGCUUGAAAGAGAAGAACAGAAAAGAAAGGCAGAAGAAGAAAGACUUCGUCUAGAGGAAGAAGCUCGUAAGAAGGAAGAGGAAAGAAAACAUGAAGAAGAGGCAGCUAGAAAAAAGGCAGAAGAGGAAGCCAAGAGAAGAGCUGAGGAAGAACAAAUGCUAAAGGAAAAGCAAGAAAAAGAGCUCCAGGCCAAACUUGAGAAACAGAGGGAAGAAGCAGAAAUCAAAGCCCGUGAGGCAGCUGAACAACUUCGUCUUGAAAGGGAACAAAUCAUGCAGCAAAUUGAGCAAGAAAGACUGGAGCGGAAGAAGAGAAUAGAUGAAAUAAUGAAGAGAACAAGGAGGAAUGAAACACCAGAAAUAAAGAAGGAAGAGCCAAAACUGGAGGUACCAUCAACUUUGAAUGUGGAAAAGCAACCAAAGGCCCUUGUUCUUAACCAGCCAGAGAUCAAUGGAUUGGCAACCUCUCUGAAAAAUAAAAGCUUAGAAAGUGCCACCUCUGUAAUCCCUUCCCAAGAUGUAGUUGCUAAUGGACUAAAGUCAGUUCCAGGACUUAUUCAGCUGGAAGCUGUUGAUGGGAAAUCUAGUAGCAUGGAAGAUUCAACAGAUGAGGUUCAGUCCAUGGAUGUGAG